AAGCCUGUCUGCGUCUCACCUUUUUGGAUGUGUUGCCUUCUUGUUCUCCCUCUAUACUCACUCUCUGCAGGUUCCAGACUUGAUUAGCUGUCAGCAAGAUGGGUGAUGAGCAGAACUGCUCAGAGAACCUCCCAGGGGCCAUUGAGAGGGUUCAGUCCAAGUCCCAGUGUCCCUCACUGGUAUCCCCCGAGCUGAAAGCCAUGAUCCGCAUCAAGACCAAGUACCAGGCUUUGAAGAAACGUCGCCUGGAUCUGACCUCAGGGCUCUAUGAUCCAGGGAGGCCCCCCACAUGCCCUGACCUCCGGCUACCCACUGGUCCAGAUGCCUUAAACGGCAAGGGGUCCCCCCACAGGAGGAAGCGGAGGAGGGGAUCCCGAGUGCUUUUCCCCAACACGUGCCGCAAGGUGGUCCCCAGUGACAAGGACCGGAGUCGGGCAAAAACUUUCUUUGUCCUUUUCAGCCUCAUCGUCUGCCUUCAGGUUUACAAUGCCAUUGAGAACUUGGACGACCACAUCGAACCAUACGACCUGGAGGGCCUGGAGAAGACUCUCCGCAGGGAAGUGUUCGGCCAGGAGGCGGCGAUAGUGGAGCUGAUAGGGCACCUGGAGGACUACCUGUCCACCUACGCCCAUUCCCAGCCCCUGGCCCUGGCCCUACAUGGCCCCAGUGGAGUGGGCAAGAGCCACCUGGGUCGCUUGUUAGCGCGCCACUUCCGCUCGGUGCUGGGAGACGACCUGGUGUUGCAGUACUUCACACAGCACCACUGCCUGACGCAGGGCGACGCGGCCCAGUGCGCCCGAGACCUGUCCCGGAGGGUGGAGGACGUGGUGGAGCGCGCUGAGGCCCAGGAAAAGAUCCCCGUCCUUGUGAUGGACGAGGUGGAGCUGAUGCCUGCCCCGCUGCUGGAUGUCCUGUGUGGCCUGCUUCAGCAGAACCAGACCAAGGAGCAUCUGAACGUCAUCUAUGUGCUCCUCAGCAGCCUGGGCCAGGGGGACAUCGUCAGGCACGUGCUGCAGAACGUCUCCGGCACAGCACAGGGCGUCAGAACCCCACUGCGCCACACACUGGCCGGGCACCACCGCCUCUGGGCCGAGGCAGGGCUGGACAUCGUGCCCAUGACCCUCCUGGAAAAGAGUCACGUGAUGGAGUGUCUGCUGGAGGAGAUGACCCAGGAGGGAUUCUACCCCGACCACGGCCACAUUGAGCUGCUGGCAGAGGAACUGUCUUACUACACCGCCAUGGGCCACCAGUAUUCUAAGAAUGGUUGCAAGCAAGUGGUGGCUAGGGUUAACCAAUUGUAAGAACACAUGGAGAGUGAAUAUAAAGUCUGAGAGGCAGUGGGCUAGAACCUGGUCGGGGCUAAUUCCAUUGUCGUUUUAUUCAAUUGAGAAAGUAAACCAAAUUUUGAUUCCAAACAUUCCACAUUGCAAAGCCUUGAAAUAAUUUCUAAUUGGAUUGUAACUACUGAAUUAUAUGUACGUGAAAUGGAAUUUAACCAACCCCCGGACCAAAAUCAAUAUGAUGUCCUUAUCAUAACUUACAUUCUGUCUUACUCAGGCCUUAUUGCUCUUCAUCAUUAUCUAAGCAUGCUACUUCAUUACGGAGUAUCACAUUGUUCAAUCUUCACACGUUUACCCAUGGGUCUGGUGAUGUUUUGGAUUCGGUUGUCACGUUGAGGACCCAGUGUUCUGGCAGGCCCGGUGGCCUUGGGUUGCUGCAAGAGAACGACUGACAGAAUCAGCCUCCCUAUCCGCCUCAGGGAAUACAACUGCUCCUUUGCUUUGUAGCAACAGAAAAAACACAUCAGGGUGGAGAAGCACAUAGUGGUUGUCUGCUCAAGCUAAUUGCCUUUGAUAAGUGAACGGCUGGGAGACAAAUGCCGGCCAGCCUGGGGGGAGAAAAGAGUGAAGCCAGAGUAAUGAUUUUGCACUCCAUGAACUUGUUUACAUUCCAUGAUGUUCAGUGACAUUGUUCCAAAACGACAGAAGCAGCCCUCUUUUGUCUCAUUCCAAAAUCUAGGCAUGGCCUUCGGCCGCAUCCCGAAAUUUCCAGAUGGUUAGAUAUUGUUUUUCUGCGCAUUGAGGUCUCAUGAGUUUCUACCAUCUUGAACAAUCUUGGGUUAAAAGCAUUUGAAAGACACUGUCUGCCAUUUUCAUGUACACUCAUCUUCAAAAUAAACAAUCUGUCAAUUAUUUUAAGAGUAAGCUAACCAUAGAAAUCGAGUGCUGUCA